AUGAUGAAAAUAUUUGUGAGUAGCCACGUUGUCCUACUUAUCCUUGUUGCAACAACAACCAUUGAUGCUUCGCGCAUUUUUUACCUUCCCUUACCAAAAAUACAUUCGUCAAAACAACAAAUACAACCACCGAAAAUUAUAGAAGAAACAACAAAAAAACCAGUUAGUGAUGAAUUUAUACCAGAUUCUGUAAUUGAACAAGCAGAAUUUGAAAAACGAGGGGAUACGUUUGAUUGGGAAACAUUGGUGGAUACAGCAGCAGCGUCAAAACGUCGAAUAACCGUCGAUGAACUUUUACCGAAAAAUCUUCAACAGUUGAAAGAACGGUAUCUUUCAGAUGAAUUAAUGGAAAAUAAAAUAAAUGAUGAUAAAGAAGAAACGAAAGAAUCUGUUGACAAAGUUUCUGAAGUUCAUCAUGAAAAUCUUUUUGAAGAACCAUGGGUACCAGAUAGUAUUAUUGAACGAGCUGAACGUUUACAAUCGAAUGCUGGAGUACGUUCUGCUAAAAAAGGACAACGAAAUGAUACAUUAUUUAUCACAAUUGUCGCAACAUGUUGUGCAGUUGGCGUUGUAGGUCUUGUUGGAGCAGCUAUUUUUUGGUAUAAGAUUCAAAAGAAAGCAGAAGCAGCUGUUGAUUCUGAAUAUCCAUCAUAUGGCGUUACUGGACCAAAUUCAAGUGGUAGUAAAAUCUCACCAAGUUCGACUAUGUCGGAUCGAAAAUUGGCUCAAAGUGCACAAAUGUAUCAUUAUCAACAUCAACGUCAACAAAUGAUGGCACAAGAAAAAGAUCUUUUAGAUGCAAAAGCAACUAAUUCAGACGAUUCAGAUGAUGAAGCUCCAGCAGGAGGAGAUUUUACAGUAUAUGAAUGUCCUGGCCUUGCUCCAACAGGUGAAAUGGAAGUACGUAAUCCAUUAUUUGCUGAACCGGAUUCAUCAAUAGUGUCAUCAACAAACAAUCACUAUCCGCAAGCAUCAACAUCACCAACAAAAGAAAAAAUAUUACCUUAA